GACGGAGUUAAACGUAUUUUGUGUUGAAGUAUAAAUAUAGAGCAUUGAGUGAAGCUGUCACUGUUUGACAACAUUCAAUAUUUUGUCUCUUUGUCUGAAAACACUCCUCAACCCUAGUAGUAUCUCUCUCUCUCUCUCAGCCACCACACACCGCUGUAAAGCUCCGCCGUUUUCGCCUUCUCUUUAUCGGAAUAUCACUCAAUUUGAAUUUAUAUAUAUAUUGCUGACUAUGGCGGAAAAUGAGAGUACUGGAGAUGAUCAGAAGGAGGUGAUUGAGCCUCCAAAGUCGCCGUGGAAGACUCCGGUGACGGCGCCGGCGCCGGUGCCGGCUGAUAAGUCUUCUGUGACGUUAGGGGAUGCUGAUUCUGAAUCCUGGCCGGCACUUGCUGAUGCUCAGCAGAUGAUUAAGGCUAGUGAUUUAAGUUCCGCCGCUAAGUUGCCGUCACCUCCGCCGCAGCAGGAGAUUGGAGGCAGCCGCAAUGUUGCUUCUGAAAAGGUCCGAGGUGAGCAGCUAAAGUUCCAUGGAUCUUCUAGUGCCAAGUCUUCAAAUAAGUCAUCAUCUGCAGUUCAACAAAGACCAGGGCCUAGGCACAACCAAAAUGGUGUGCCAUCAUUUCCUGUGCCCUUGGCUUACCACCAAUCAGGAUUCCCUCCUUUUUAUCAAAGUAUGGUACCUAUGCCACAUAUUCCUCUUCCAGGGUAUGCAUACCAGCCCCCUCGAGGGUCUUUCUCAGGAGCUGAAGGUCACGUGGCUAGGUCCGAUGGUGAUGCUGCAUCUCAAGCUUUUGUACCCCUUAUAAAUGGUGGGUUUCGCCCCCCAUCACGUGGGGAUCCAAAUGACCAAGAUGCCAAAUUCUACAGAGGAAGACCUAAUACACAAGAACGUGGUAGCCAGUUUAGUUCAGCCUUGUCUAAUCAGCGACCUGUGGGUUCUAAAGAUGACAUUCAGCUGCAACAAAGUAUGGGGCUAAGGCCUUUCCUAAGGCCUCCAUAUUUUGGUCCAGCCCCGGGCUACAUGGAUGGUGCAAAUUUUCCUGGUCAUCCAGGAGCUAUAUAUUUUCUUCCUUCUCCCCCUCCUGUGAGAGUGCCUUACCCACCUUUCUUUGUCCCACAUCCUGUUAGCUCUGGAGCCUCUACUCCACCAUCACCUGCAUUAGCUUUGAGAGAGAGCAUAUUGAAGCAAAUUGAAUACUAUUUCAGUGAUCAGAAUUUGCAGAAUGACCACUACUUGCUUUCCUUAAUGGACGAUCAAGGUUGGGUUCCAAUCUCUAUUAUUGCCGACUUCAAAAGGGUUAAAAAAAUGAGUACAGAUAUAGCAUUUAUCAUUGAUGCAUUGCAGGCUUCAAGCACUGUUGAAGUAAAGGGAGACAAGUUGAGAAGACGUGAUGAAUGGUCAAAGUGGGUUUCAGCUAGUGCUGAUCAGAAAUCAUCCCCUUCGACUCCGGUGGAACACUCAAUGGGGAAGGUUAUAAAGAAUGAUGAGGUCAAUGAAAAUAAGGAGGAUGGAAUUCAAGUCAGAUUUUCCCAAGAAAAUCGUGUAGGUGAGCUUGCAUCAAUAGAGAAACAUACUAAAAAAGUAUCAGUGUUUAGUAAAGCAGAAAACAGUAGGAAGAAAUCUGGUUUCCAUGGUUCAACUCACAGAGUUGACAAAGGAAGUGGUGAUGCAAGAAGGGUUAUGGCAUCAGAUGUUGUAGAACAGAAUGUAGAUGACUUAUCUAAUGAUUUCUCGAGCACAUUCAUGCUUGAUGAAGAGAUGGAGCUUGAAAAUAAAAAGGACCAGUCCUCUUUGAGUGGAAGAGUUGAUGAAGAAGAUGAUGAGAUGUACGUUAAUGAUGAGGCUAUUGAGAAACUUGUCAUUGUAACUCGGAACACUCGGGCAUCUCAGGUAUCUGGAACUGUUGGAAAAGAAUCAAAACCAAUAUCUACUGAGCUUGCUUCUGCAAUAAAUGAUGGUCUCUACUUCUACGAGCAGGAGCUUAAAGCUACACGAUCCAGUCAUAGAUCUAACAACUACAAUAAUGAUCCUAGAGAUGACAUUACUAGGUCUUCCGGUACUGGUGCUGCUUUAUCAAAAUCAAAGUAUGCCGAUCAUUCUUCUGGAGGGAAAAACACUGAAGGUCCUGGAAGUUCUAACUCUCGGAGAAAGCAAAACAAAGGAUUUGCUAAGCCACAUCCAAUACAUAAGCAGCGGCUGUUUUCUGGAAAUUACCGGAAUCAUGGCGUUUCUCGGAACAGUGUAGGAACAAUAUCUGAAAGUCCACCUAGCGAUUCAGUUGGGUUUUUCUUUGGUUCUACACCUCCUGACAGUCAUGUGUCAAGGCCUUCAAAGUUGAGUGCCUCUCCGCACAGCAAUCUUGCAAGUAGUAGUCCACCUGUGGGUUCCAUGCCUAAACCAUUUCCACCCUUCCAGCAUCCAAGUCACAAGCUGCUACAAGAAAAUGGUUUUACACAACAGCUGUACAAGAAGUAUCAUAAGCGCUGUCUGAAUGAUCGCAAGAAACUUGGAGUUGGUUGCAGUGAGGAAAUGAAUACACUCUACAGGUUUUGGUCAUAUUUUCUGCGGAACAUGUUCAUACGUUCUAUGUACAAUGAGUUCCAAAAGAUGGCUCAAGAAGAUGCAGCUGCUAAUUAUAACUAUGGGAUGGAGUGCCUAUUUAGAUUUUAUAGUUAUGGUUUGGAAAAGGAAUUUAGAGAGGGCCUUUAUGACGACUUUGAGAGAUUGACGCUUGACACCUACAAUAGGGGAAACCUUUACGGCCUUGAGAAGUACUGGGCCUUUCACCAUUUUCGUCAGCAACGAGGUCAGAGAGCACCUUUGAAGAAGCUUCCAGAACUGGAUAGACUACUCAGAGAAGAGUUCCGAAAUUUGGAUGACUUCAAACAUGCCAGAGGAGGUGCCAGUGCAAGCACAAAGGAGGACGGUCACUAGCCAACGUGUGAUUCUCAGCUUCAUUGAACCGUCUGUCAGCGAAUUUUGAUGCCUUGCAGUCCAUACAAUGAGCUCAAGUUGCCGAAUUACCUUUCUGAGAUGAUCAAGGCAAAAUUUUUGUAUAUAGAGCUUCUGUGAGGUUAAUUUUUACCUCCGAGGUUGAGCUAAAAUUUUACCAUGAGGGGAUACCUUGUGCCUUUUUGUACUUUCGUCUUAGGAUUAUAAGGUGUACAUAUAGGAAGAAGUUGGAAUCAAAAUAAAAAAAAUAAAAAAAAAUAAAAAAUAAAAAUAAAUGUAAAACUACAAAAAAAA